AUGGGUAUAACAGACGUCUUAGGUGUCUUGUCUAUCUAUAGCGUCUUAGGUGUCUUGUCUAUCUAUAGCGUCUUAGGUGUCUUGUCUAUCUAUAGUGUCUUAGGUGUUUUGUCUAUCUAUAGCGUCUUAGGUGUCUUGUCUAUCUAUAGUGUCUUAGGUGUCUUGUCUAUCUAUAGUAUCUUAGGUGUCUUGUCUAUCUAUAGCGUCUUAGGUGUCUUGUCUAUCUAUAGCGUCUUAGGUGUCUUGUCUAUCUAUAGCGUCUUAGGUGUCUUGUCUAUCUAUAGUGUCUUAGGUGUUUUGUCUAUCUAUCGUGUCUUAGAUGUCCAGUAGGUGGGCGUGCUCUCCUCGGGUUAAGUUUAGAGAGAUGUU